AUGUAUGAAUUUCAAGCUUGGUUACAAGCUGAGAUGCUUAAACCUAAUGCCCAAGUCUCUACUAUACUUAUGCAGUUUACAGCUAGAUUUGGUGACAUUCUCCGUGAUUGGCGGAUUAGUCUUAAGGAGUACAAACAAACUUUGUUCAUCCAAAUGCCAAAUAUUAAUCAAGCUCUGUAUCUCUUUUAUGAUGAAUUUUGUGGAUUACCUCACCUUUAUAAGGACCAGCUCUCUGUAGUUGUGUUGGCUAAUAAUGUGCCUCCAAAACCUGCAACUAAUAAGAAGGCCAGCAAGAAUCUAAGAGGUUACAAAGUGAUCAAUGAUAUCAAAUCAGAAGUUGAGAGACAGUGCCCCAAAAUUGUUUCAUGUGCAGCCAUUCUCACAGUAGUCGCUAAAGAUGCCAUGCUUCUAGCUGGAGGUCCAUUCUGGGAAGUCCCAUUUGGACAAAAAGAUGGAAGAAUCUCCAUAAAUAGAGAAGCCAAUCGUCUGGUUCCUCAAGGAAAUGAAAACAUCACAACUUUGAUUAAUCUGUUCGAAAGCAAAGGAUUAAACAUCCUUGACUUGGUUGUACUCUCGGGCUCUCACACCAUUGGUAGAAGCUCUUGCUCUCCAAUCCACUCUAGGCUCUACAACUUCAAUGGAACUCAAGGAGCUUCUGACCCUUCACUUGACAGAAAAUAUUUGUACUCAUUUCUUGAGAAGAGUAAAUUCAACAAUAGAACUGGACCCAUUAGUAAUUUCAGCUUGAUUUAA